AACCUCUGCCUCCCGGGUUCAAGCUAUUCUCCUGCCUCAGCCUCCUGAGUAGCUGGGACUACAGGCACAUAUCACCACGCCCAGCUAAUUUUUGUAUUUUUAGUAGAGACGGGGUUUCACCAUGUUGGCCAGGAUGGUUUCGAUCUCUUGACCUCAUGAUCUACCCGCCUCGGCCUCCCAAAGCACUGGGAUUACAGGUGUGAGCCACCGCACCCAGCUGAGGCUUUGGAUUUUAAUUCUAGGUGUCUUGAGAAACCACUGGAGUUUUUGAGCAACUAAGGCACAUGAUCUGAUUUACAUUUUAAGACUUACCGUGGCUUUUCAUAGAGAAAGAUUGUAGUGGGUAAAUGGAGAAGCAGGGGUCAGUGGAGAAGCCAUUGCAAUAAUCCAUUCAAGUGACAACGGGGGCUCAGGCAGGGCGGUUGCAGCAAUGAUGGUGAGCAGCAAUGGUUUCUGGAUAUAUUUUGAAUGGAAUUUUAUGAUGGAGUGGAGGCGGAGUGAGGGUGCAAGCUUUCUAGAAUGAACUCAAAGUUGCUGGCUUGAACUUUUGAGUAGGCGGUAGUGCCAUUAUUGAGGCUGAAGACUGAGGGAGGAGCAGACUGGGGCAGAGUGGAAGGAAUAUGAGUCAAGACCUUUGUUUUGGACAUGUUAACUUCGAGAUACCAGCCAGGCGCAGUGGGUCACGCCUGUAAUCCCAGCAAUUUGGGAGGCCGAGGCAGGAGGAUUGCUUAAGCUCAUGAGUUCAAGACCAGCCUGGGCAACAUAGUGAAACCCUGUCUCUACAAAAAGUACAAAAAAAAUUAGCCAAGCCUGGUGGUGUGUGUCUGUGUCUAUAGUCCCAGCUACUCAGGAGGCUGAGGUGGGAGAAUAGCUUGAGCCAGGGAGAUAAAGAUUGCAGAGAGCCUAGAUCACUCCACUACACUCUAACCUGGACUGCAGAGCUAAACCAUGUCUCAAAAAAAAAAAAAAAAAAAAAGAUUGAGAUGCUUUGGCCGGGCACGGUGGCUCACACCUGUAAUCCCAGCACUUUGGGAGGCAGGGGUGGGUGGAUCACAUGAGGUCAGGAGUUCGAGACCAGCCUGGCCAACAUGGUGAAACCCAGUCUCUACUAAAAAUACAAAAAUUAGCCAGGCGCAGUGGCGGGUGCCUGUAAUCCCAGCUACUCGGGAGGCUGAGGCAGGAGAAUCGCUUGAACCAGAAAGCGGAGGUUGUAGUUAGCCGGGAUUGUGCCAUUGCACUCCAGCCUAGGCAACAGAGUGAGACUCUUUCUUAAAAAAUAAAUAAAUAAAUAAAGAUUGAGAUGCCUCUAGACAUCUGACUAGUGAAUUGUCAAGGAAGCAGUUAAAUAUUUAAAUCCAGAGUUCAGGAGAGAAUCAGAACUAGGCUGGGCGCAGUGGCUCACGCCUGUAAUCCCAACACUUUGGGAGGCCGAGGCAGGCAGAUCACUUGAGGUCAGGAGUUCGAGACCAGCCUGGCCAACAUGGCGAAACCCCAUCUCUACUUAAAAAAAUACAAAAAUUAGCCGGGUGUGGUGGCGGGCACCUGUAGUCCCAGGUACUCAGGAGGCUGAGGCGGGAGUAUCACUUGAACCUGGGAGGCAGAGGUUGCAAUGAGUUGAGAUAGCACCACUGCACUCCAGCCUGGGUGACAGAGCAAGACUCUGUCUCAAAAAAAAAAAAAAAAAAGAAAGAAAGAAAAAAAAAGAUUUGGGAACUGACAAGUAUAGUUGGUUAAACCAUUAAAAUGGUAGUGAUCAACUAAAGAACAAGUACGUGUAGACAGAAGCCCAAAGACUAAGCCCUGGGAUAGGCCUAUGUUUAAGGAUAAAAAGAGGAGGAAAAUCCAGCACAAGAGAUGGAGGAAGAGCAGUCAGUGAGCUAGAAGGAAAACCAAGAGUUCCUAAAGCCAAAUGGGGAACAUGAGCGCACCAAAUUCUUCAGAGAAGUUGACUAAGAUGAGGAUGAGGAACUCAUCACUGGCUUUGGCACAUAGAGGUCACUGGUCCACGGUUUCAUUGAAGUGUUGGGAUGAGAGCCCGUUUGGAACGGGCUCAAAAGAGAACAGGAAGAGGACUGGAGACAAGGAGUCCAGACAACUCUUUCAAAGAGUUUAGCUGAAAAGGGGUACAAAGAAAUGGGACCAUAUCUGGACACGGUAUAUGGUCAAGAGAGGGAGCUCUUGCAGCUGGCAAGUGUUCUGAAGUGCUCUGUGGUGGGACACUUAGGUUACUAUUAGCACAAUUAUUUUGCUGUUAUAAAUAGUGCUGCUGAAUGAAGGCCACAUCAGGAUCUUGUUUUUGAAAAUAAAUGUCCUUGUUCUGGGUAUGUGUUUUGUCAACAUGACAUCCUGCUGAUCAUGAAUUGGUUCCACGUUUCUAUUUUGUUCAAGAUGGAAGGCUUUGAUACUGUGCACUCAGGUUUUCUCUGGUCAACACUUCCAGAUCCUCCGCAUUUCAGAACCCACAGAGAACCCCUGAGGCCCCUGGGCUCAGUUCCCUCCCUGACCAACUUUCUGGGCCCUAGCCCCGUGUGUCCCUCCCCUGUAGUAUACUGUAGCCACACAGAAAGUUUGAGAAGGGCAGGGGCUGUGGGCCCAUCAACUCCUUUAUUCUUGAGAACAUCUGCCUACCCCUCGGGAUCCUGGGGAGAGGAAGGGACCCUGUGAGAACCUAAUGACCGCCCCAGGCAGCAAGGCCUUCAUGAGCCAGGGUGCUCUCUGGGACCGUUUCUUACGCAGCAGGAGAGUCGUGGGCCAACCAGGCCUGCCCUGAGGACUGGGCCAGAGCCCUUGAGGGGCCCGCAGGGAAAGGCCGAAAGGACCAAGUGCUCAUUAAAGACCAAGGCAGGCUGGACUGAGCUAGACACCCAGGCUCCAGGUUCCUUCCUCUGAAACAUCUGCAGGUUUUUGGGAGGCGAAGGGCUCUCAGCUGCCAUGGCUGAUGUCUGGGGACUUUUUCUUCAGCUCCAGAUAGUCUACACAGGGUUCGUAUACACAGGCCCCCUAGACGCACGCAUGCGUGCGUGCACGCGCGCACACACAUAACACACACACACCCCAGAGUAAAUUCACUGAUAUACACCACUAUGAACACACACAAUGACUUACCUAUACACACAUUAAUAGACACCCAUACUGCUCUUAACACACACCUUCAGACAUCCACACAGACUCACACUCACCCACAUACACACACACUGACACAGCAUAUUCACAUACAAAGAUACACACUGAUAUGUACCACACAGAGACACGCUGAAACACAUCCAUAUACACACCACACACACUGAGAUACAGUGACACACACAGUCACAGAUGCACAGACAUAUGCUGAUGUAAAUGUACAAAUGUGGUCACACUGACACAUACAUGCAAUCAUCUACGCAGACUCAUAGAAACCGACACAAAUACCUGAAAUACAGAGCCACAGACAGACACACACGGAAGCACUCUAUGCACAAAACACUCACACAGUACACACCAUGCUGCACAUACCCUGACCCAAACAGUCUAACAAGCCCUGAGGGUCUCCAGGGCUGCCCUGGGGCUAUUGCCCACCCCUCCCACCGUCCCCGCUAGGGUGAGAUGGUGUUCCCCAGGGAACAGAAGUCUCCAGUCCCAUCUUAAGCUCUGCUGGAUCCCGCGUGACAUCAGCUAGCCCCCUCGCGGCUGCCGGGAGCUGUGAGCUCUGUGCUGGGGCCAGGCCGGCACCAGGCACAGACACUUAGGCCCUUGUUGGGAGAACAGAGAGAGGCUCUCUUGUCCACUGCCUGUCUUCGGUUCCAACUGCUGGUUCUCCUAGAGGCCUCUCCUCAGACUCGCAGAGCUGCCUGAUCAUUGCUACAGAAUGAACUCUAGCCCAGCUGGGAGCCCAAGUCCACAGCCCUCCAGGGCCAAUGGGAACAUCAACCUGGGGCCUUCAGCCAACCCAAAUGCCCGGCCCACGGACUUCGACUUCCUCAAAGUCAUCGGCAAAGGGAACUACGGGAAGGUCCUACUGGCCAAGCGCAAGUCUGAUGGGGCGUUCUAUGCAGUGAAGGUACUACAGAAAAAGUCCAUCUUAAAGAAGAAAGAGCAGAGCCACAUCAUGGCAGAGCGCAGUGUGCUUCUGAAGAAUGUGCGGCACCCCUUCCUCGUGGGCCUGCGCUACUCCUUCCAGACACCUGAGAAGCUCUACUUCGUGCUCGACUAUGUCAACGGGGGAGAGCUCUUCUUCCACCUGCAGCGGGAGCGCCGGUUCCUGGAGCCCCGGGCCAGGUUCUACGCUGCUGAGGUGGCCAGCGCCAUUGGCUACCUGCACUCCCUCAACAUCAUUUACAGGGACCUGAAACCAGAGAACAUUCUCUUGGACUGCCAGGGACACGUGGUGCUGACGGAUUUUGGCCUCUGCAAGGAAGGUGUAGAGCCUGAAGACACCACAUCCACAUUCUGUGGUACCCCUGAGUACUUGGCACCUGAAGUGCUUCGGAAAGAGCCUUAUGAUCGAGCAGUGGACUGGUGGUGCUUGGGGGCAGUCCUCUACGAGAUGCUCCAUGGCCUGCCGCCCUUCUACAGCCAAGAUGUAUCCCAGAUGUAUGAGAACAUUCUGCACCAGCCGCUACAGAUCCCCGGGGGCCGGACGGUGGCCGCCUGUGACCUCCUGCAAAGCCUUCUCCACAAGGACCAGAGGCAGCGGCUGGGCUCCAAAGCAGACUUUCUUGAGAUUAAGAACCAUGUAUUCUUCAGCCCCAUAAACUGGGAUGACCUGUACCACAAGAGGUUAACUCCACCCUUCAACCCAAAUGUGACAGGACCUGCUGACUUGAAGCAUUUUGACCCAGAGUUCACCCAGGAAGCUGUGUCCAAGUCCAUUGGCUGUACCCCUGACACUGUGGCCAGCAGCUCUGGGGCCUCAAGUGCAUUCCUGGGAUUUUCUUAUGCGCCAGAGGAUGGUGACAUCUUGGAUUGCUAGAAGAGAAGGACCUGUGACACUACUGAGGCCAGCUGGUAUUAGUAAGGAAUUACCUUCAGCUGCUAGGAAGAGCGACUCAAACUAACAAUGGCUUAAACGAGAAGCAGGUUUAUUUUUUCCACCACAUAAAAGAAAAAUAAUGUUUCGGAGUCCAGGACUGGCAGGACAGGUCAUCAGAUACUCAGAGGCUGUAUUUCUGCCCUGCCAACCUUGACAAAUGGCUUCCAAUGUUAGGUUUGCUACAAGAUGGUUACUGGAGCUCUAGCUGCCAAUUUUGUGUUUAGGGAAGGGAAAAUGGAGGAAAGGGGAGAAGAGCAAAGGGAGCUUUUAAAGAGCUUUCCCAAAAGCUCCACCCAAUGACUUCUGCUUCCAUCUCACUAACCACCCACCCCUACCUGGAAUGGAGGCUGGGAGAUGUGGCUUAUUUGCUGGGUACGUGACUAUCCCUAAUAACAAAGGGGUUCUGACACUAAGACAGAAGGGGAGAAUGUUGGGUAGGCAGCCAGCACUCUUUUACCAGAGGGCCUCCUGGUGUUUGGAUUUUGAUCUCGAUGUGUAAAAUGACAGAGAUGUAACAAGCUCAUAGGGUAUCAAUAUCUCUUAUUGUUCUAUGUUGA